AUGGCCAAUAUGUUUUGGUAUGGUACACAACAUAGGGGAACGGUAGAAAAUAUCAAUGUUAUUGAUGAUAAUUAUAUUUCAAAAUGGAGAAUCCGUGCUCACAAACCUCUGAAGCCACAUGGAGCCAUAAUCCCGUACCUUCAUCAAUCUGGGUUCUACCAUGUUUCUACAAUAGGGUCAACACAUAUCGAUUCAAGGUUAGUUAUAGCCUUACUGGAACGGUGGAGACCCGAAACUCAUACAUUUCAUCUUCCAAAUGGUGAAUGCACAAUUACGUUGGAAGAUGUGAGUAUGUUACUGGGUCUUCCUAUUGAUGGAAAAGCGGUAAAUGGUCAAUCUGAGCUGGGUGAUGGUGCAUGGAGUUCUAUUUUAGGGGAUGAACCGCCAAAAAGUGAUAAAGGAAUGACGGCGAGGUUGACAUGGCUUAAAGACAUGUACCAACAUGAACCACCAACCGAGGAGUCACCCGAGGAGUAUAAAAUUAAACAUGCUCAUAUUUAUAUUUUACUCCUUAUCGGGCAAGUUUUGUUUCCCAACAAAAGCGGAAACACUAUACACUCAAAAUGGACACAAUUUGUUGUUGAUUUAGAAGAUUGUGGAAAAUUUAGUUGGGGUUCCGCCGUUUUAGCGAAUCUAUAUAGGGAAAUGUGCAAGGCGGUAGACGUAAAAGUAACAGAGCUGUCAGAAUGCGUUUUACUUCUUCAAGCUUGGGCUUUCACACGUAUGCCUAUAAUAUCUCCGGUGGCUCCGCUUCAAUCUCCAUAUCCAUACGCAAGAAGAUGGUUGAUCAAGAAACUUGACUAUCAAAACAACCCGCGCCACCAUCUUCAAGGAUACCGAUUCAGGAUUGAUCACAUGCUUGAAGAUCAGUUUAUUUGGAGGCCGUAUCUUGGAUUAGCGCCCCAAAGGCACGAGGACAGCUUGAUAUGGAGUUCAACUACGUAUAUGAUAUGCUUUCAUAUUGUAGAAAUGCAUCAAGCUGAUAGGGUCAAACUACAAUUUGGCCAUUUACAAGGGAUACCUGAAGAAGCUCGAUGCUUGGCUGAACACCAUAAAAUGACAACAUUAAAAGCGCGUCGACAUGCAUAUAUCACAUUAUACUCUGACGAACAAAAUUGUUGGUUGCAUCGAGAAUUGUUUACGUUGGAUGGAGAUCAACUACAAACAGAGGAGAAACCGUCAAAAGAGUACAUGCAAUGGUAUCACUCACUUCCUCAUAGAUAUGCAUCGUACGAACAAUUUCUCACUGACCCUCGCCAAAAUCAAUAUGCCUCUACUCAGGCAAGUGGCUCUCAACAAACUCACCACUCACAACAUUCUCAGCCUCCCCAACCCCAAUCCUUCCAACAACAAACUCCUCACUUUUCCCAACAUCAAACACCCAUCCCCCAUUAUCCUGAACAACAAACUUUUAACCCACAUUUAUCUCAACUACAAACUCCUGCCCCUUAUUUUUAUCAAAAUCAAACCUUUAACACCCAAUACCCUCAAUCUCACUCCCAACCAAAUUACAUUUAUGAAUCCCAACAACCACAAUUUUAUAAUAGGCCAACCACACAAUUCACACCCAUCAUGCGACCAAACUUCGAUUCCUCCUCCUCCCAACAUAACCCGCCAUAUUUUCCAACCAUGUGUCCCCCACAACAGCCGCAAUAUAAUUUGGGCGAGGAUCUUAACGUCAGUGAUUAUGAUUUACUGCAAAGUAUUUGGUCUCCUCCACAAGCUACCGCUCCUACUCAAGAUAAUCCUCCAACAUCAGAUGCAACACAACAAAAUCCUCCGACAACAGAGAUCGAAGAACAAUAUGGUUUUGGUCAUCGUGCUCCGCGACCGCGUCAUUGUUUUACCGGUACUCGUUUAGGACCGGAUCAUCAGCAUUAA